UCUUUUUUUUUCUCAUUCUUCCCCUUCUCCAAUGCUGAAUCUGUGUCGAUUCGUGCCCAAGCGGCACGCGACGUCGUCCGUGUGUCGCGCCACCACUGCGCUCAUCACGGGCACGCCAUUAGCAACAUCCUCAUCAUCCCCAUCAUCAGCACUGCGCGUUGCUGCGGCUCUCUCGCCCGCUGCCGCGCUCACAGUGCAGCGCCGCGCGUUGUCGGGAUCGGCUUCGUCGGUCGCCGCUGCCGCUGCCGCUGCCGCCGCCGCUGCCCCGCCGCACCCCUCGGAGGCAUUCCUGAACGGCACCAACGGCAACUACGUCGAGGAAAUGUACCACGCCUGGAAGAGCGACCCUGCCAGCGUUCACCAGUCAUGGCAUGCCUUCUUCCGUAACGUCGAUCGUGGCGUCGCACCGGGCGCGGCAUUCAUCCCGCCGCCGUCCAUCAUGCCGAUCUUCCCCGUGUCGGCUGCCGCGAUGGGUGGUGCCGCUGGCGCUGCUGGGGCCCCUUCGGAGGCCGAGAUUGCCGACCACAUCAAGGUGGUCUCGCUAGUGCGCGCCUUCCAGGUCAACGGCCACCGCAUUGCCAACCUCGACCCCCUCGGCAUCUUUGACGCCGAUCUGGACGACUCCAUCCCGCCAGAGCUCGAGCUGAAGAACUAUGGCUUCACCGAGGCCGACCUCAACCGCGAGUUCCGCGUCACGUCGGUCAUGCAGAAGGGCUUUUUGGCUGGCGACCGCCCCGUCAAGCUGGGCGCGCUCGUCGAGCGUCUGCAGCGGACGUACUGCCAGAACAUUGGCUUUGAGUACAUGCACAUCCAGGACCGCGAGCAAUGCAACUGGCUGCGCGAGCGCAUCGAGACGGACGCGCGCCCCAAGCUCUCCCACGAGGAGAAGAUUCGCAUCUUCUCGCGCCUGCUCGGCGCCGACGGCUUUGAGGCCUUCCUCAACAAGAAGUGGAAGCACGAAAAGCGCUUUGGCCUCGAGGGCUGCGAGUCCCUCAUCCCCGGCAUGAAGGCCGCCAUCGACACUGCCAGCAACCAGGGCGUCGACUUUGUCGUCAUUGGCAUGCCCCACCGCGGCCGCCUCUCCGUCCUCAACAACGUUGUCGGCAAGAAGCAGGAGGCCAUCUUCUCUGAAUUCUCACAAGUUAAGGCUGCCGGCGACGAGUCUGCCGGCGACGUCAAGUAUCACCUCGGCAUGUCGUACGACACUGUCAACGAGGCCACUGGCCGCCCCAUUCACCUCUCGCUGGUCGCCAACCCGUCCCACCUCGAGGCCGUCAACCCCGUCGUCCAGGGCAAGGCUCGUGCCGAGCAGUUCUACCGCAAGGAUACCGAACGCAAGGCCGUCAUGCCCGUCCUCCUGCACGGCGACGCCGCCUUUGCUGGCCAGGGUGUCGUCUUUGAAACGCUCGGCUUUAGCGACCUGCCCCACUACACCACUGGCGGCACGCUGCACAUUGUCGUCAACAACCAGAUUGGCUUCACGACCGACCCCCGCUUUGCCCGCUCCUCCCCGUAUUGCACAGACGUCGCCAAGGUGGUGCAGGCACCCAUCUUCCACGUCAACGCCGAUGAUGUCGAGGCCGUGGUCUAUGUCUGCCAGCUCGCUGCCGAGUGGCGACAGCAGUUUGGCAAGGAUGUUGUGAUUGACUUGGUCGGCUACCGCCGCCACGGCCACAACGAGGUGGAUCAGCCAAAUUUCACCCAGCCGCUCAUGUACCAGCGCAUUGAUGCCCACCCGCGCGUCUUCUCGCUCUAUGCCAAGCAGCUGAUCAGCGAAGGCGUCGUCUCGCAAGAGUUUGUCGACCAGGCCGUCGGCAAGUACAUGGAGGAGGCCGAGGCCGCCUUUGACCGCUCCAAGGACUUUAAGAUGGACAAGAAGGACUGGCUCGAAUCGUACUGGAAGGGCUUCAAGUCCUCCGAGCAGCUGGCCAAGAUCCAAAACACUGGCGUCGAUGUGGCCGCGCUGCAGCACGUCGGCCGUGUGUCGGCCUCGUAUCCCUCCGACUUUACCCCGCAUCCUCAGCUCGCCAAGAUCCUCGCAACCCGCAUCGAGACGAUCGAGAAGGGCAAGGACAUUGACUGGGCCACCGGCGAGGCGCUCGCCUUCGGCACCCUGCUUGCCGACAAGUUCCACGUCCGCCUCUCUGGCCAGGACGUCGAGCGCGGCACUUUCUCGCAACGCCACCACGUUCUCCACGACCAACGCGUGGACGGCCGCACCCACACCCCGCUGAUGCACUUGUCUGCCGACCAGGCCCCUUACACUGUCACCAACAGCCACCUGUCCGAGUACGGUGUCAUGGGCUUUGAGCUCGGCUACAGCAUGGCCAACCCCAACUCGCUCGUCCUGUGGGAGGCCCAGUUUGGUGAUUUCGCCAACACUGCGCAAGUCAUUAUCGAUCAAUUCAUCUCGGCCGGCGAGUCCAAGUGGCUCCGCCAGUCUGGCCUCGUCCUCCUCUUGCCACACGGCUACGAGGGCAACGGCGCCGAGCACUCGUCCGCGCGUCUUGAGCGCUUCUUGCAGAUGGUUGACGACGAUGCCGACGUCUUCCCCAACAUGCGCCACGAGGAGCGCAACCAAAUCCAGCGCACCAACAUGCAAGUCGUCAACUGCUCCACCCCCGCCAACUACUACCACGUUCUCCGUCGCCAGGUCUACCGCGAGUUCCGCAAGCCGCUUGUCGUCGUCACUCCCAAGUAUCUGCUUCGUCACCCUCUCGCCCGCUCCACGCUCGCGGACAUGGCCAAGGACACUCGGUUCCGUCGCGUCAUCCCCGAAGAGACGCCCGCCAUCACGUCGCAGCCACAAGACGUCAAGCGCCUGAUCUUCUGCUCGGGCAAGGUUUACUACGACAUUUUCGAGGGUCGUGAAAAGGCCGGCUUGAAGAACGUCGCCCUCUGCCGUGUUGAGCAGAUCGCCCCCUUCCCCUUCGACCUCGUCCAACGACAGGCCGAGUGCUUCCCUAACGCCGAGAUUGUCUGGGCACAAGAGGAGCCCAAGAACAUGGGUGCCUGGUCGUACGUCCAACCUCGCAUCGAGACUGCCCUCAAGCAGUCCAAGACUCACCCUGGCGACCGCGCUCGUCCCAAGUUUAUUGGCCGUCGCCCCUCCGCCGCCACCGCCACUGGCAAGAAGAAGACACACUUGGCCGAAGAGGCAGAGCUCGUCAAAUCGGCGUUGACGCUGUAAAAAGUCUCAUGCUUUACACCUCUUUUUUUCCCGCUUAAAAUAAAAACUUUGGUUGUGGU